ACCACGUUUCAUGUAUAUCACACUCUUUCUCUCUUUCUUUGCUAUCAAUACCUCGUUCAAUGGGAACCGCGAUUCUUCAAAGAGGGUUACGCUACGAUACGACGUCGUCGCAUCCCACUUCACCUCCUGCCAAAUCGCACAAGAAUCACAACCCUAACCCUAACCCUAGCCCUACCGCAACUCGCCGCCGGAACCGGGCUCCGGCCGCCGUUUCGCAAGACCGUGAUCGGGGCCGCCGCGACGGCGAUCGGUCAUGCGUGGUGGUAAAAAACCCUGGUGCGAAUCUCGUGAUGGGGCAGGUCAAGAUUCUCAAGAGAGGCGAGAAGCUAAGCCCUGAGCCCGCCACCGCCGCCGCUGCGAAGAAGAAGAUUGAGGGAGGUUUCGAUUCGGUUUUGGGAACCACGGAUCGGUUCGGUCCGGAACCUGAGACGGUGCAGAAGCAGGUUAGGGUUCCGGAUUUGAAGGACGCGAGCGCGAUGUUUGCUGGACCGACUUCGUUGGUGUCGCCGCCGCCGAGCUCCGUUCCGGUCCCGAUAUUCCUCAAGAGGGAGAAUCUCGCUGCUACGGCUUGUGAUUUGAUGCAGUUGCUGCGCGUGGUGAAUUAGACGAUGAUGAUGGAUUGGUUGGUUCUGUUCUCUGGAUUUCACUGUUGAUGAUGAUGAUGGAUUGCGUGUGAGACGCGAGGAACUGUUGGCUACUUUCUUGGGAAAACUGUUUGAUCUUGUCACAGAGUGUCACUGGCUUCCUUUGAUUUUUCUAUCAAGAGGAUUGCCGUUGGGCACGAGUGAAGAAAGUGAUGGAAAAUUCGAAGGCUGAAGAGCAAAGCAAGGCUUGUAGGAAUAUCAAAGAUUGUAACUAUUUGGUUUCUGAAAAGGGUGGCUUUGUGUCAGUUUAUAGGUAAGGUUAGUGAGUGCGUUUGUAUGGGUCUAGUUAUGAUGUAAAUUCAGGGGUUCUUAUACUCUGAUUGGUAGGGAGCACUUCAAAAUCUAGUGUUUGAAGUUAGAAUGCAUAUGAAAUAAGUAGCAAAUUUGUGUUUCUUAGAUGGGUGUGUUUGAUCUUAAAGUCAGUCACUCUUGUUGAUGUAGUUUUGAAAUUCAGUGUAAUGAAUUUUCUGGUAUUUGCAGUAAUACUUGAUAGUUUAUAGUUUA